AUGAAGUGGAUCAUAAUUUUGUCAUUAUUUGCCAGUGCUUAUUGCUUUUCUAAUUUAACAUUUACACAGUGGCGUUUAAGAUACAGAGUCACAUUCCCAAGUACAAAGGAAAGAAGGCAGCGUGAAAAAAUAUUUAUUGACACAAAAAAUGAGAUUGUUGCUUUUAAUUCAAAUCCCAAUAUCACAUACGAGAAGGACCUUAAUCCAUACACACAUUUAAGCUGUGAGGAAUUUAUCUCCACUCGAUGUGGAACUAAACUUCCAGAACGUCUGAGAAAUAAUCCUCAAGCUAUAGUCGAGGAUGUUUUAGACGCAAGAAUUGCAUAUCCUUUUGGCAAUUACACAUCAGCUGAUGCACCGGACUACACUGAUUUUACAAAUUUAAUGCAACCUGUUCAAAAUCAAUUGUCAUGUGGUUCAUGCUGGGCAUUUUCUGUAAUGAGUCAACUUGAAGGGCUAUUGAAAAUCAAAGAUUCAUCAUUCAACACACUUUUAGCACCUCAAUUCUUACUAGAUUGUAAUACAGCACAAGUUGGAUGCAUAGGAGGCUGGCCUACUGAUGCACUAUCAUGGCUGAAAACCAAAUUAGGAGGAAAUAACAAAGCACCAAGUCAACUUUUGUAUCCUUACCGAGCAGCAGUAAAAACUUGUAGGAAAACACUGUCAACUAUAAAUUUAGAUAUCCAACAAGUUAGAGAGAGAUAUUUGGGUGGAAAUGAAGGAGCUCUAAAGGCACAAAUUGCUAAUUUUGGUCCAACAAUUGUUGCAAUUUAUGCCUCAAAUGAUUUUCAAUAUUACAGCAGUGGAGUCUUUUAUGAUCCAACAUGUCCUUCUGGAAAUACAUGCUUAAUAUUAAAUCACGCAGUAACGAUUGUUGGCUAUGGAACUCAUCCAACUUAUGGUGAUUAUUGGUUGGUCAGAAAUUCUUGGGGAUCAGAUUGGGGAGAAGAUGGAUACAUCCGUAUGGCAAGGAAUAGAAAUAACAACUGCAAUAUUGCAUGCUACGCUAUGUUUGCGCAGUGA